AUGAGCAGCCACAACUCAAUAUCUACUCACGCCGCUGGUGAUGAUGGAAUGAAGUCAUCUGCGGCUCACAUCGAAGCCGUUGGCACUGAAAGUCUUCACAUGAGGAAGCUCAAGAACGCCGAUACCGUUCUCACCCUGUUCAGCGACCAGGACGAUGUCCACCAGCAUUGCGAUGCUGCUGAAGAGGGGAAGCUCAUCAGAAAGAUUGACUGGAUGAUCUUACCCUAUCUAUCCGUUUGCUACGUCUUCUUCUACCUCGACAAAACCACCCUAUCCUAUGCCGCCAUCUUCGGCGUGAGUGAGGACAUCCACCUUGACGACGUGGAGUACAGCUGGCUUUCGUCCAUCUUCUACUUCGGAUUCAUGGCUUGGGCACUGCCAACAAACCUUCUGAUGCAGCGGUACCCGAUUGGAAAAUAUCUGGCCAUCAACAUCAUCCUUUGGGGGCUGCUUCUCAUGGCUCAAGCGGCAGCGACCGACUUCUCGUCUCUAGCUGCACUUCGAGCGCUUAGCGGCGCAGCAGAAGCCUGCGCAGACCCCGCCUUCAUGAUCAUCACCGUCAUGUGGUACACCCGCCGAGAACAACCGAUUCGGAUAGGGCUGUGGUACACCUCCCUUGGCUUGGGGAUCGCGGGUGGGGGUCUCCUUGGUUACGGCAUCGGAACGAUCCGUGGUGCGCUUCCGAGCUGGAAGUACGAGUUCAUAAUUGUCGGCUCACUGUGCUCCGCCUGGGGCAUUGUGAUGUUCUUUCUUCUGCCAGAUUCUCCAGUGUCAGCUCCGCUUUUGACCAUGAGGGAGAGGAAGCUGGCUGUUGCUCGGCUGCGGGAAAACCAAACUGGGAUCGAGAGCAAGCAGUUCAAGAUGUAUCAGCUGGUGGAAGCAGUUACCGAUCUGAAGGUACUUCUGCUCUUCAUAAUUGCAUUGCUUCAGGCCUUGGUCAAUGGUGGUAUCACAAACUUUGGGACGCUGAUCGUGAAGGGGUUUGGAUACACGACACUCGGAACGAGCCUUCUUCAAAUCCCUUACGGCGUUUUCAUCUCUCUGAUGAUCCUACUGUGUGUGUUCAUCAACAACAAAAUGCCGGGGAACAAACGGUGUCUCAUGCUCCUGCUCUUCCUUACACCGAACAUUGUUGCAGCAGUGGGCAUGCGGUUUAUCUCAACCCAGCAUAGGGUGGGACGUCUGAUAUGCUACUACCUGAGUGGUUCGUACAAUGCCUCGUUCGUCAUGCUGUUGUCUCUCACAACCGGCAACAUUGCAGGUCACACAAAGAAGGUGGUGACCAACGCCUGCCUUUUCACCGGUUAUUGCGUCGGGAAUAUUGCGGGGCCAUUCUUUUACAAGACGAGUCAAGCACCGACUUACGCACUCGGUAUCUGGAGUAUGAUUGUGUCCCACUUGCUGGAGGUUGUCGUCGUUGGGCUCCUCUGGGUCCUGUUGCGAAGGGAAAACCGGAGACGUGACGGGCUGCAGAGGCCUGGUGAUUCCGAGGAGGAGCUGGGCAGUACAGCAUUUGCGGAUCUGACGGAUAAGGAGAACCUAAACUUUCGGUAUGUUUAUUAG